AUGUCGUUAAUGAAGGUUUUCCGAUCUGGCAAAUUCUCGAAAUCCUAUAAGGAGGUUCAAUCUCUCGAUGUUACCGGCGAUGACCGGGAAGGAACCGCCGUAAAUGAAUCGGAGGACGGAACUGAUUGGUCCACCAUGCUGCCGGAUCUACUUGCGGAGAUUAUUAAACGAGUUGACGCCGCCGAGGAUCAGUGGCCGCACCGUCAAAACGUCGUCGCUUGCGCCUGCGUUUGCAAACGGUGGAGAGAUGUUACACGGGAGACCGUACGCUCACCGCGUGACGGCAGAAUCACUUUUCCGUCUUGUCUUAAACAGCCAGGACCACGCGACCUACCGCAUCAAUGUCUUAUUAAGCGGGAUAAGAAGACCUCCACAUUUUACCUCUAUCUUUCCCUUACAUCAUCAUACACAGAUAAAGGGAAAUUUCUGUUAGCAGCUAAAAGAUAUAGGUGUGGUACCCAUAUUGAGUAUGUUAUAUCGCUCGAUGCUGAUGACUUAUCCCAAGCAAGCAAUGCUUAUGUUGGCAAGCUAAGCUCGGAUUUUCUUGGCACCAACUUCACAAUUUAUGACAGCCGUCCACCCCAUAAUGGUGCCAAACCAUCGUGUGCCAAAGCCAGCCGACGUAUUGGAAGCAAACAGAUAAGCCCUCAUGUUCCUCAAGUACCUGCUGGUAACUUUGAGGUGGGGAGCGUCGCCUACAAGUUCAACCUUUUGAAAUCAAGAGGGCCAAGGAGAAUGACUUGCUCUCUGAAAUCUACUGUCUCAUCAAUGGGUGAAAGCUCAGAUGACAAGUCUUUCGAUGGCCACAAGACGCACUCUUGCUCUCUGAAGUCUACUGUCUCAUCAAUGGGUGAAAAAAGCUCAGAUGGCAAGUCUUACGAUGGCCACAAGAUGCACCCUUGCUCUCUCAAGUCUACUGUCUCAUCAAAGGGUGAAUGCUCAGAUGAUAAGUCUUUUGCUGACCACAUGAUGCCCCGGAAAAAACCUUCUGUCCACACAAUCUUGAAAAACAAAGCUCCAAGGUGGCACGAACAUUUGCAAUGCUGGUGCUUGAACUUCCAUGGUCGUGUGACAGUGGCAUCAGUGAAGAACUUUCAGCUGAUUGCCACCAUGGACCAGAGCCAACCCGAAGGAAAAGGAGAUCAAGAAACCGUUCUCCUCCAGUUUGGUAAAGUAGGGGAUGAUACUUUCACCAUGGAUUAUAGACAGCCCUUAUCUGCCUUCCACGCAUUUGCGAUUUGCUUAACUAGCUUUGGCACUAAACUGGCUUGUGAGUAA